CAACGUCAGAAAUCUGGGUCUUGCUGAAACUGAGGGCAUGCAUGCAAGCAAGCUGGGGUCAGGAGUAGCUGAGUUAGCGACUAGACCACAGCCUCCUUCUCCACCAAGGAACAGAGCAAAGGAGGAAAUCUAAUCUCUUCUGGAGGGGGGGGAGGAAUUGUUUAUUUUUAUCAGCCUUUUUUCCCCCCUGGCAUGUUUUCCUGUGUCCUGAGUUAAGGGUCUUCCUGCCCCCCUGCUCGUUAGCAGAAGGAUGGUGAAGGUCUUGUAGCCAACGUCACCAUGUUCAGCAAGAAGAAGAAACGCGUUGAGAUCUCUGCUCCCUCAAACUUCGAGCACCGGGUCCACACUGGGUAUGACCAACAAGAGCAGAAGUUCACCGGGCUGCCGAGGCAAUGGCAGGGCAUCAUCGAGGAGUCGGCAAAGCGACCCAAGCCACUGGUGGAUCCCGUGUACAUCACGGCUAUUCAGCACGGCUCGCAGAAGACCAUCGUGCGGGGCAACAAAACCGCCAAGGACGGCUCCCUGACCUGGCUGCUGGAUGAGUUUGAGAACAUGUCGGUGUCCCGCUCCAACUCGCUGCGCCGGGACAGCCCCCCCCUCCAGCCCCGCCGUGACCAGCUCUUCCACCAGAACGGCCUCAACGAGGGGCCGGCCAAAGCCCAGCCCCUCGAGGACAGGAAUAAGGACCACAAAGAGAGGGCUCACCACCAGGCCAGGAACGAGCUGGAUCGGGACAGGGAAAGGAACCGGGACAGGGAGGAGAACCGGGCCCACCCACAGCAGCCCCGAGGGCAGGAGCCCAGCGGCAAAUCCACCAAGCACCCUGGCGGCAGGCCGCCCCCUCCUGAGUACCACAAGCCCUCUAAGGAGGGCAGGCCCAGGGCCCAUGACCGGGAUGGGAGGCGGGACUACCCGGCGGAGCGGGACUACAGCGAGCCGGCCGACCGCGUGGUCAGGCGGGAUCGCAAUGACGCCUCCGAUAAGAGACCCAAGUCCACGUACACCGGGGAGAAAAGCCCACAAUCCCCGCGGGACAAGCGCCCGCUCUCCGGGCCCAAUAUCCGGACUCCAAACAUCCCCGUCUCCGAAGGGGUGAUGAAGACAGCUCAGCAGACCGGCCGGCCUUUUAAUACGUAUCCACGAGCUGAGACUGACCCUGUCAGGGGCACAGGUUCUCAGGCAGAGCCCAGGUCUGCGAGGCCCCAGGAAAUGGCGUCCAAUGGGCCAGUAAGCGGGAGCAGUAGCUCCUCCAAGGUCCACCAGCCAGGCCAGCCGAGGUCCAAAAACCCAGAGCCGCCCCAUCCGGGAAUCUCCCCGCACGCAUCAGAGCCCCUCUUAACUCGCAUCCCCCAGUCAAACCCCCAGCCGUCUUAUUCCCAGCCGCUGCCGCCGCCUCCUCCCCCCACGGCCUCCCAGCAGCCCCGCUCCCCGCAGCGCGAGCCCCAACGGGUCUCCCACGAACAGUUCCGAGCCGCCCUGCAGAUGGUGGUCGACCCGGGCGACCCCCGGACCUACCUGGACAACUUCAUUAAAAUCGGCGAAGGCUCCACGGGUAUCGUCUGCAUCGCCACGGUCAAGAGCACGGGGAAGCUGGUGGCCGUGAAGAAAAUGGACCUGCGGAAGCAGCAAAGACGCGAACUGCUGUUUAAUGAGGUGGUGAUUAUGAGGGACUACCAGCACGAGAACGUGGUGGAGAUGUACAACAGCUACCUGGUGGGGGACGAGCUGUGGGUGGUGAUGGAGUUCCUAGAAGGCGGAGCUCUGACGGAUAUCGUAACGCACACCAGGAUGAAUGAAGAGCAGAUCGCCGCCGUCUGCCUGGCUGUCCUGAAAGCACUUUCUGUCCUCCACGCCCAGGGGGUCAUCCACCGAGACAUCAAGAGCGACUCCAUCCUGCUCACCCACGACGGCAAGGUGAAGCUCUCUGAUUUUGGGUUUUGCGCGCAAGUGAACAAAGAGGUCCCGCGGCGGAAGUCGCUGGUGGGAACCCCCUACUGGAUGGCGCCAGAGCUCAUCUCCCGACUACCUUAUGGACCAGAGGUGGAUAUCUGGUCCCUCGGCGUGAUGGUGAUCGAAAUGGUGGAUGGAGAGCCCCCUUAUUUCAAUGAGCCCCCCUUAAAGGCAAUGAAGAUGAUCCGGGACAACCUGCCCCCGAAACUUAAAAAUGUGCACAAGGUUUCUCCUUCCCUGAAAGGAUUCCUGGACCGCUUGCUGGUGAGAGAUCCGGUCCAGCGGGCCUCCGCCAGCGAACUCUUGAAACACCCCUUCCUGGCGAAGGCCGGGCCUCCUUCCAGCAUCGUGCCGCUCAUGCGGCAGAACCGGAUGAGAUGAGAGCGCCGGCUGCACCGGAGAGAGAGAGAGAGAGACGCGUGCGCCGUCUAACCGCUAACCCCACGCGGCCGGCCACGUCCCUGCCUCGGCCCCCGGCCCUCCGUUCUCCAGGGCGCCCCUGCCGUUCCCUUCGGCCGCCGCGGCAGGGACAGCGGGUCCCGACAGCCAGAGCAGCGGCACGAGCGUCCGGCUCUCUCGGUCCCUCUGGGUUCCCGGCGGGGCCAGCGGUUCCGCUAACUGGAUUUACAACUGUGCCACUACUGUCGUGACUGUGGCAGGAGCUCUCCUGCCCGUCGCACCAUGCUGCUGAGUGGAGGGGGGUGGGGGGGCCAGCUAGGCGGGGUGGGGGUAGGUUUUUUUAAGGACUUUAAAAUUUCUGAUCAAAACGGUAGUUUUUACACACACACAGACGAGGCGGGGCCGGGAGCGACAGACACUAAGCAACUCAACACUGGAACUGGUAGCUUCGGGGUCUUCACCACACCGUCCCUCGCAGGAGACUAGAGGCUGCUGUUGCAGGGUCUCCAUGCUGCCCCCGUGCCCCCUCCCCGCUCGUUCUGCCUUGAGGUCUAGACGCGUGCUCCUGCUCGGUCCCUGGGAUUGGGGGAGCAGGGAGCCGGCCCCCUGGCCUCUUUGCUUUCACGGGUUCUUUUCCAGCCGAGUAGCCCCAAGUGCAUGGCUCACCCGUCCCCCGGGGCCUCCAAAACGCAAUCCACUCCGGCCCCCUGCGUCUAGACUGGUGGGGAGAGACUCUGGUAU